UACUGUUUACUUCUAUUUGAACUCUCCAUCACAAUCUCUCUCUCUCUUCUCUUUCUCUCUCACACACUAACACACCUCCACUCUCUCACACUUUGAUUCACAUUCGAACCCUACACUUCUUCACAGCUAAGAUUCCUCUGCAUUUUCAGCUCUUUCAGUUUACCUUUCUCUAUUUAUACAUAAAAUUUAGGUUUUUUCCGUGGAUUUGAUGUGAGAGUGAAGAGAGGGGGGAGAGAGAGAGAGAGGAGAGGAUAAAUAGAUCGGAGAUGGCGGAGGUGACCGGAGACGGAGGAGUGACGGCUGAGCUCAGUGCCGGCGAGAACUACGGCAAUGCGAGAGUUACGAGCGAAGUGAAUGUGACGCCGUUGACGGUGUCGGCGUCGUUUAAGGAAGGGAAAGGUUCGACGUCGAGGAGAAGAGCGUCGGUUAGGCCGAGUCUCGAUGCAGAUGAGUUCAUAAAUCUGCUUCACGGUUCGGAUCCGGUGAAGCUGGAGCUUAAUCGGCUUGAGAAUGAAGUCAGAGAUAAGGACAGAGAAUUGGGGGAAGCGCAAGCGGAGAUCAAGGCUUUGAGGUUCUCUGAGAGACUGAGAGAAAAAGCAGUUGAAGAGCUUACUGACGAAUUGGCACGGGUGGAGGAGAAGCUAAAGUUAACAGAAUCACUUCUAGAGAGCAGAAAUCUUGAAAUUAAGAAAAUCAAUGAUGAGAAGAAGGCCUCCAUGGCAGCUCAGUUUGCUGCUGAAGCAACCCUUCGGAGGGUGCACAAUGCUCAAAAGGAUGAUGAUAUGCCUCCCAUUGAAGCCAUUCUUGCACCCUUGGAAGCUGAGCUCAAGCUUGCUCGACAGGAGAUUGCGAAGCUGCAAGAUGAUAAUAAAGCAUUAGAUCGCCUAACCAAGUCAAAAGAAGCUGCUUUACUGGAGGCUGAGAGAACUGUGCAAGUGGCAUUGGCGAAGGCAUCUAUGGUGGAUGAUCUCCAGAAUAAAAACCAGGAGUUGAUGAAGCAGAUAGAAAUUUGCCAGGAGGAAAAUAAAAUUUUGGAUAAAUUACACCGUCAAAAAGUUGCCGAGGUUGAAAAACUAACCCAGACUGUGCGUGAACUUGAGGAAGCGGUUCUGGCUGGUGGGGCAGCUGCUAACGCUGUGCGGGAUUACCAGCGGAAAGUUCAAGAGAUGAAUGAGGAGAGGAAAACUCUGGACCGGGAGCUGGCCCGUGCAAAGGUAACAGCAAACAGGGUUGCAACAGUGGUUGCUAAUGAGUGGAAAGAUGCUAAUGACAAGGUUAUGCCUGUAAAGCAAUGGCUUGAAGAAAGAAGGUUCUUGCAGGGUGAGAUGCAGCAAUUGCGAGACAAACUUGCCAUUUCUGAGAGAACAGCGAAAUCUGAAGCUCAAUUGAAGGAAAAAUAUCAACUGCGGCUCAAAGUUCUAGAGGAAACUUUGCGAUCACCAAACUCAAGCGUUCGCAACACACCAGAUGGAAGAAGUUCAAGCAAUGGUCUUUCACGCCGUCAAUCACUUGGUGGAGCCGAAAAUAUAUCUAAGCUGACCUCCAAUGGUUUUUUGCCCAAGAGGUCACCAUCCUUUCAGAUGAGAUCUUCUGGUAGCAGUACAGUGUUGAAGCACGCAAAAGGGACAUCGAAGUCGUUUGAUGGAGGCUCACGGUCAUUAGAUAGGAGUAAAAUUCUUUUAAAUGGAACUGGUCCCAACUUCAAAAUGAGCCAAUCUUGUGAUGGGACCAAGGAUAGUGAGCCUCAAAAGAGUACCUGGAAAGAAAAUCAGGAUGAAAAACCUAGUGAUGUACAAGUAACAGAAACAGAUGAUACCGUGCUAGGUUUACUAUAUGAUUUGCUGCAGAAAGAGGUGGUUGCUUUGAGGAAAGCUGGUCAUGAAAAGGAUCAAAGCCUCAAAGAUAAAGAUGAUGCAAUUGAGAUGUUGGCAAAAAAAGUAGAAACUUUAACAAAGGCAAUGGAAGUUGAGGCUAAGAAGAUGAGAAGAGAAGUAGCUGCCAUGGAGAAAGAGGUGGCUGCCAUGCGUGUUGACAAAGAGCACGAAAAUAGAGCAAAAAGAUUUGCUAAUUCCAAGGGUCCAGUGAACAGUUCUCAGUUGAUACCUGGAAGACAUGCAGCCCGAAGUGGUUUAACUCGCAACACACAAUAACAAGAAGCCCAGCCAAGGACUAAGGAGCAGUUCUGGACAGAAUUUGUAUUGGUCCUCCUUUUUUGGUUUCCGUAUCUUUACACUUGUGGUUGUUUGUAAAAUUGUAACAAGCAUACCAAUGACCCUCUGCUGUUUCCUUUGGCAAGAGAGAUUAUAUGUAAUGGUGCAAAUACGGUGGAGGAACAAGUUGGUAUGUUCUGACCUAGACUAUGAUCCCUCUUGCUUAGAAUCCAUGAAGAAACCGAGGAGAUUGAAGUUGAGCUAACCUUUUGGCAGGAAUUAUUUGAGUGGCAGUGGUUGUGUGGUUGUAUAGGUAGAAUAUUGGCAUUUCCUUUGCCUUUACUCUUUUCAAGUUGUUUGCAGUCUAUAUUUGUAAUCUGCAGUUAGUGUGAUUGCUAUUGGUUCAGGUUUGUCAAUAUUCUUGUAAUCAGAUGAAGAUCAUAUUUCCCCUGCUGUAUUUUCGUAUCAUGAAUAGUUAAAUGCGUUCGUCCAUACUUCUAAUGGUUUAA